AUGCAACAAGUCCGGCUGUCAGUUGCACGCCCUUGUCGAUUUGUUGCUCGCCGCCGCUAUUCCGCACCGCUGUCCGCGCGACGAUUCCAUCUGUCACGAACAUGGCUCGCAUCACCAUCCCAAGAUCCUCACGAUACCGAGUCUACAGUACCAGGGAAUGCUGUGGAAGACCCUUCCCUCAAAAGUGAGAAUAUAUCCGACAAUGGCACACCGGCGACAUCUCCCUCCCCCGAGUCGGGCAAGUCGAUCACAAAAGCCUACGGAUCUGCCGUACGCAGAGCGAUGAGAAACCGGAAGUCCUCACAGCAGACUUCCCCAUCAACGGCAACAGUUCCCCCAUGGUUCUACGAACACAAUACGGUGUCCCACAGCAGCGAAGACCGCGCUACACAAUCGCUCCAACAGGUUAGGAUAACCAAGUCAGGGUCGGAACAGGAGCCCGAGGAGGUGCAAACAGAGAGCAUGGCUUUCGGGGGAGACUCCGACCCGUCUGCGUCCAGUGAACCACCGGCAGCAACGGAGAAUCGGUAUGCGGUGGCCGAGGAAACAUGGGAAGAACUGCGGGCCUCCGUCAAAGCAGGCUUACGGUUACCACCUGUGAAAUAUGCCAAGGAGCCUUCGGACAUUGCACAAUUAUUCAGCGAGCAAGACCUCGCGGAUGUCGGGGUAACUUCACCCAUUCGAUCUCUCGGUUAUGAUGUCUAUCGGCAAUCCGUCACAACUUCAUGGUCGGAAAUUGAAGAUCCCGAAGGAGACGGUGAGGAUGACGUGACUGAAAUGGCAGGUGGACCCCGUGGUAUGCGCGGCGAUAUUAGCGCUCCCCGGUUUAUCACAAUCGAGAGCAGCAAAGAGGCCGGUGACAUCCCUCUUCCCAACUGGCUUGGGCUGAAAACUCUUCUGGGGGGAUCGAUCAAUGGCCAAACGGAUCCGGAUCCCGGGGCCGGCGCCUCACGAAGUGGCCAGCGCGCUGAAACUCGGUGGAUUCAACUAGUCAAUGAGCUCCUCGGCCCAUCAGGUCAACCAGCGCUGCCAGUCCCCGUUGAAGCAGCAGAAAAUGCGGAACCAAAACCCAGCAAGGCUUUGCCAUCUCGAGAUAUAAUUAUGCAUAUCCAGGAUUACCGUGACAUCCAAAACACCCGAGAGGGGUCCAAAUUCAUUUCACUUUUGCACAAAGUCAUCCAAGAUCGGAGAGCGGCAGGAUCCAAGAUUCUGUUGAUCGGAACUACUUCGCAGGAAAUCCACCACUCGCCCUCACAAGAUGGUGCUGGUCUACUGCAGAAUGUCCUCGAUGAUCAGUUCUCGAAGACCUUGCUUAUCACCCCGGCGAUGAGCUCGAAAGAAGCCGAAAAGGUCUUCGCCGAAGACCGAAAGAAGCGCACCAUGGAUAUAAAUAUCCGCCACCUGCAGAGCAUGCUUCGCUUCCGAUUACAUGAACAGGCUCUACCUGUAAAAGAUAACAUCCUGAGCGACCGCUCUUGGCCGCUGGAGCCUUCGACAAUCAAAGAAUCAGGGAUCGAGGAUCGGUACUGGACGUACAAUCAAGUGCAUUGGAUUUCUACACUUGCACUUGGUUGCGCUGAAGCCAAGGAGCCCUUUGGGUUUGAGCACAUCCGACGUGGAAUCGAACUCAUGGAUAAAAGCGAUCGGAUCACCAAUGAAUGGCUGAAAGAGAAGUCACCCAAGGAGAAGGAUUCGGAAGCGGGGCAGACCAGAGAGCAACUAAUCAGCUCUUUGCGCAAAACAUGCAACACCCACGAGAAAAAGCUACUUAACGGUGUAGUUGACGCAAAAAGCAUCCGAACCACAUUCAACGAUGUGCAUGUGCCUCCCGAGACCAUCGACGCCCUGAAAACCCUGACUUCCCUCUCACUCAUCCGCCCCGAGGCAUUCACAUAUGGUGUCCUCGCCACCGACAAGAUCCCCGGCCUUCUCUUAUACGGACCUCCAGGCACCGGUAAGACUCUCCUCGCCAAAGCCGUAGCCCGCGAGAGCGGAGCAACAGUCCUCGAAGUCAGCGGGUCUGAAGUGUACGACAUGUACGUCGGCGAGGGCGAGAAGAACGUGAAAGCGAUCUUCACGCUUGCCAAGAAGCUCAGCCCCUGCGUGGUCUUCAUCGACGAAGCCGAUGCCAUCUUCUGCUCGCGCACCGGAGCCAGCAGCCGCACCUCCCACCGCGAACUGAUCAACCAGUUCCUGCGCGAGUGGGACGGCAUGAACGACCUCUCGGCAUUUAUCAUGGUCGCUACAAACAGACCCUUCGAUCUGGACGAUGCUGUUCUCCGCCGUCUUCCCCGUCGUCUAUUAGUCGAUCUACCAACCGAGGAAGACCGCGAAGCAGUCUUGAGAAUCCACCUGAAAGAGGAGCAGCUCGAACCCUCCGUCGACCUUGCCGAACUCGCCCGACGCACGCCGCUGUAUUCUGGAUCCGAUUUGAAGAACCUGUCGGUGGCGGCUGCGCUGGCUUGCGUCCGCGAGGAGAACGACGCUGCGGCUAAGCACACCGGUGAUGAACCAUAUACCUACCCGGAGCGCCGCAUCCUGACUCGGGCCCAUUUCGAGCGCGGAAUGGAAGAAAUCAGCGCUUCAAUCAGUGAGGAUAUGUCUUCGCUGUCGGCGAUUCGGAAAUUCGACGAGCAGUAUGGUGACCGGAAAGGUCGCCGCCAGAAGAGCCCUGGGUGGGGAUUCAUUCCUGGUGGUAGUGGUAAUGCCUCGGCUGAUUCAGCGCGUGUUCGGACAUGA